AUGCUCGUGUCCGCUAAGUACUUUGUGGCUCGUCUCGAGCAGACGGGCACGAUUGACAUCGACCAGAGUGUGGCCGCCUUCGCAAAGGAACUCUUUGAAAAGGUUCCUCAUAAACAGGUUGUUGAGAAACCGUCCCGAGUGGUGGAACGGCAAGCGAUCGAAAUGGAGAGGAAGAACCGGACGUACACGUUACUGGAGGACAGCGACGAUGCCGAUGAAGAUGCUGCGCGGGAGAAACAGAAAGGAAAAAAGAAAAGCAAAGACAAGGAACGCGGGAACAAGAGGAAGCACAUCAGACAGAAGAAAGGCAGCGAGUCGUCCAGCGAGGAGGAAGCACCUAAAAGGGAUAAGUCGAUUCAAGAGGACCACAAGACCGUAAAGAGAGAAGAGGAGGAAGAGGAAGAGUGGGAGAAGGAAGAGAGAGAGCGACUGCAAGACAUCGAGGAGAGGGAUGCGUUUGCCCUGCGAGUGAGGGAGAAAGACAAGGAGAAGACGCGCAACAUAGCCGAGAGGACGGACAAGAAGGCUUAUGAGGAAGCUCAGAAGAGGCUGAAGAUGGCUGAAGAUGAUCAGAAGAAUAUGGUGGGUGGUACGGGACAAUUUGUGCGCUCAUUGAUUCCUGAAAUGAGGUAUCAGGCUCUUCAGUGCUUUGCCUCAUAUCUCUCACACAGGAAACAGUGUAAGCUGGAGGACCUGGAGGCAGAGAUCGUGGAUGACGAGUACCUCUUCUCCACUGAGGAGCUGACAGAGAAGGAGAGGAAGGAGCUGGAAUACAAACGCACCAUUCGGGAUCUAGCUAAAGAUUACAAAAAGGCCGGUGCCAAGGAGCAGGAGGAGAGAAAGAACAGAUACUACAUGCCGGAAGAGAAUAGAAGAAAGGAGGUGCCACAGAGGGACCUGGAGCUGGAGGAAACCCCCAUGGAGCUGGGAGGAGAGCAGGGUCGCUGGGAGGAGGAGAGGCUGAAGACGGCCUCCCUCAGCUUUGGGGCCAAGAAGGAGCGAGAGCAAGGAAUGAAGCAGGAGCAGGAGAAGUACCAGCUGAUCAUGGAGGAGGACGAGAUGAUCGACUUUGUCACCACCGCCAUUACCAUGAAGGGAACUCGAUCUGAAAAGGAUCAGGAUGCUCCGGCUCUGUCGCAGGCUGAGCUGAAAAAACAGUCAAUGCAGGAAGUCCGACGCAGCCUUCCCAUCUUUCCCUACAGAGACGACCUGCUGGCCGCCAUCCACGAGCACCAGAUCCUCGUCAUCGAAGGAGAGACGGGCUCGGGGAAAACCACCCAGAUCCCUCAGUACCUCCUGGAAGACGGCUACACCAAAGGAGGCAUGAAGAUUGGAUGUACGCAGCCUCGCAGAGUGGCAGCCAUGUCAGUGGCAGCCAGAGUAGCAGAGGAAAUGGGUGUGAAGCUUGGUAAUGAGGUGGGUUACAGCAUUCGUUUUGAGGACUGCACAUCAGAGAGAACCGUGCUCAAAUACAUGACAGACGGCAUGCUGCUCCGAGAGUUCCUCACCGAACCGGACCUGGCCAGCUACAGUGUGAUCAUCAUAGACGAAGCCCACGAGCGAACGCUCCACACCGACAUCCUGUUCGGUCUGAUUAAAGACAUCGCAAGAUUCAGAUCGGACCUGAAGGUGCUGGUGGCGAGCGCCACUCUGGACACCGAGCGCUUCUCCUGCUUCUUCGAUGACGCGCCUGUUUUCAGGAUCCCUGGCAGGAGGUUCCCCGUCGAUAUUUUCUACACGAAAGCUCCAGAGGCAGACUACCUGGAAGCGUGUGUGGUGUCGGUGUUGCAGAUCCACGUCACUCAGCCUACCGGAGACAUUCUGGUCUUCCUCACUGGACAGGAGGAGAUCGAAGCGUGUUGCGAGCUGCUGCAGGAGAGAUGCAGGCGGCUUGGUUCUAAGAUAGCAGAGCUGCUCGUCCUCCCCAUCUACGCCAACCUGCCGUCUGACAUGCAGGCAAAGAUCUUUAAUCCUACUCCGCCUGGAGCGCGUAAGGUGGUGGUGGCCACCAAUAUAGCAGAGACUUCAUUGACCAUAGAUGGCAUCAUCUACGUCAUUGACCCUGGCUUCUGCAAACAGAAGAGCUACAACGCCCGCACAGGCAUGGAGUCACUCAUUGUUACACCUUGCUCACGGGCUUCAGCCAAUCAGAGAGCAGGCCGAGCAGGCAGAGUGGCUGCUGGGAAAUGUUUCAGGCUUUACACAGCCUGGGCCUAUAAACAUGAGAUGGAGGAAACAACUGUGCCUGAGAUUCAGAGGACCAACUUGGGAAAUGUAGUCCUGCUGCUAAAGAGUCUAGGUAUUAAUGACCUCAUUCACUUCGACUUCAUGGACCCACCUCCUCAUGAGACUCUAGUCUUGGCUCUGGAGCAGCUCUAUGCCCUGGGAGCCCUCAACCACAUGGGGGAGCUCACAAAGCUGGGUCGCAGAAUGGCUGAGUUACCUGUGGAUCCCAUGCUGAGUAAGAUGAUCCUGGCCUCAGAGCAGUACAAAUGUUCGGAGGAAGUGUUGACGAUCGCAGCCAUGCUGUCUGUAAACAACUCUAUCUUCUACCGUCCCAAAGACAAAGUGGUGCACGCCGACAACGCCAGAAUGAACUUUGUGGUGCCCGGAGGAGACCACCUGGUGCUGCUGAACGUCUACAACCAGUGGGUGGAGAGUGGUUAUUCCACACAGUGGUGCUAUGAGAACUUCAUCCAGUUCCGCUCCAUGCGAAGAGCCCGGGAUGUCAGGGACCAGCUGGAGGGUCUGAUGGAUCGCAUUGAAGUCGAGGUGGUCAGCUGUCAAGGAGACAGCGUGCCCGUUCGCAAGGCGGUGACUGCAGGAUAUUUCUAUCACACGGCCAGACUGAGCAAAGGAGGCUACAAGACUGUGAAGCACCAGCAGACUGUUUACGUGCACCCCAACAGCUCUCUGUUUGAGGAGCAGCCCCGCUGGCUCAUCUACCAUGAGCUGGUCUUCACCACCAAGGAGUUCAUGAGACAGGUGAUCGAGAUAGAGAGCGGCUGGCUGCUUGAAGUGGCCCCUCACUACUACAAGAGCAAAGAGCUGGAGGACAGCAGCAGCAAGAAGAUGCCCCGUAAGCAGGGCAAAACAAAAGAGGAGCUGGGCUGAAGCGAAGGUCAAGGCCGUCCACGGCACAUACCAUGAAACAAAAAGUGCUUCUCACUCAGGACAGGGUGACAGGACGAGGCGCACGAGUCUGAGUGAAAAUGGAAAACGUACCAUGUUUCUAAGCUGUAACUUGUUUUUUGACAGCGAUCGAAAUUUGACCCGCAUUAUUCAAAUCACACCAGUAUUUUCAAACAAGUUUCUAUUUUCAAAACGGAAAGAGAGAAAGGUCGAGUGAGAAGUGGGCCACGCACCGACUCUGGUUUAAUCAUCAACCAGCCGGCAGGGCAGGGUCUCCAAAAAGGAAAAGCGAACACGCUUGGAUCUGUGUUUCCCGCUCUGAUGGCAGCAGUGCGGACUCACCAGCUGGUUUGUGAAUCGGCACGAGACUGUUGUGCUUUGACCGCUCGCUUAUUCGCUCUGUGUCAAACUGUCACAGCUGGCACCCGAUUAAAGCACGCUCACGUGUGAGGCUCCUUUUCUUUUUUUUUUUUUUGGGUCUAUUUUUCUAUGGCAAUAAAGUUUUACAAUCGA